UUUCUUUAAAGAAACGAGAAAACGAUCUACAAGACUGCGACUCUCUCUCUCUCUGGGCGACUUCGGCUCUACCUCUGCGAAGCGCGUGGCGGAUUCUCUCGGGCAUCGGCGUUAGCUGGAAAAGGCUGCGGAACUAGAGAGACUUUCUUCCGUCCGUGGCAUUCAGGAAGUGGAAUGGCUAACCGACUGAAGGAGGAUGAAAAAAACGAACGAAUUAUACGGGGUCUUCUGAAACUUGCUGAGAAUCGGAGAUGUAUCAACUGUAACGGCCUGGGACCUCAAUAUGUUUGCACAAAUUUCUGGACAUUUGUUUGCACAAACUGCAGUGGAAUACAUCGAGAGUUCACGCAUCGAGUAAAAUCAGUAUCAAUGGCCAAUUUUACUUCACAAGAAGUUACUGCCCUUCAAGAAGGGGGGAAUCAGCGUGCAAAGGAGAUCUAUUUUAAAGAAUGGGAUCCACAACGUCAUUCUGCUCCUGAUAGCAGUAAUGUUGAAAGGCUUCGUGACUUUAUUAAGCAUGUUUAUGUGGAUAGAAGAUAUACAGGCGAGAGGAGCUAUGACAAGUCUCCAAGGGUAAAAAUGGGUGAGAAGGAAGAUGUCCAUGAAAGCAGGAGAACGGAUGCAUAUCAAGGAGGGCCUCGAAGCCCACCAUAUGAGGAUAAAUAUGAACGCCGUUACGGUGAUAGGUCUAGUCCUGGUGGAAGAAGUUAUGAUGAAAGAAGUCCUGCUCAAGAAAGUAGGCAAUAUGGUGAUUAUAGGAGAAGUCCUGUUCGUCCUGAGAUUGCCAAUGAUUGGCGUCGAGAGGAUAGAUUUGGAAAUGGAAGAAAAUUUGAAGACCGUAGGGAGUAUGAUGGAGAUUCUAAGCUGGGAGGCAAAUCACCGGAGCAACCUAAAGAUUUAAAUUCAUCUAGUCCCCCUAUGGUGCGGCCUGUGAGAGAGAUUUUGGGAGAGAAUGUAUUACCUCUUCGCAUAAUUGAACCUCCAAAAGCCAAUGAGCGAAGGGCUGCUGAUGGCUCUGCACAUACGCAGAGAACCGCAUCUUCCAGUAGCUUGGGAUCUAAUCCUGGGAAUCCAGCGGAAGUCAAAGUUGAAAAUGCUGGAAGCUUAAUUGAUUUUGAUGCUGACCCUGAACCUCCAGUUGCUGUGGCAGUUCCACAACCAAAUCAAACUUCGAUGACUCAAUCCACUUCACAUCCAACAACUUCUAACAAUGACAAUAAUUGGGCCUCUUUCGAUGUUGCACCUGAGUCCAUAGUUUCUCAGGUCCCUUUGAAUGCGAAUACAUUGGAAUCUGUGGUGUCACAAUUAUCAGUUUCAGCACCUGUUCCUAGUCAUAUUUUCGGAACUCCUGGUGGUGCUGGUUCCCUUGCAACUGCACCCAUUGGCAACAUGACAAUAUUACCUUUUACUGGUCAUUCAGCUACUGUAUCUGUAGGGAAUACACCUGUGUUGCCCUUCAGUCCUGUUGCUGCACCAAUACACAGUCUGUCAAUGUUUCCCCCUGGUGGUGCACCAGCAAAUGCCCCAGGAUUGACACCAAUAUUACCAGGUUCUGGGCAAGGGCCUAAUAUGCAGCAUCAACAACCUUUCUUCCCUGUUACUGGUAAUCAGUCAACUACUCAACAAUAUGCAUCAUCAGUUGAUGUAGUUACGAGCAGUCAGUGGCAGAAUUUAUCACUUACCACUAAUACACUAAGCCCUUCAAGUACUCCAGCUGCACAAGGACCACAAGCUGUCUCAAAAAUGGCACAUGUUCCCACUUCUGGUGAUCAACCCUCUGUUUUGGAAGGAAAAUACAGUGCAAGAAAAGAACUGCCUGCGGAUCUUUUCACUGCAACCUAUUCAUCCUUCCCUGCACCAGUUCCAAUGUGGCAAACUGGUAUACCCCAUGGUAUGGGGUUCCAUUUACAAUAUAAUAAUGCUCUGCCAGUGCCCACUUUUCAACAGUCAAAAUCCACAAACCCAUUUGACUUCAGUAGUGAAGUACCUCCAGUUCAAGCCCCAACAUUUCCCUCCAUGGCAUCCUUACAAGGUGCUCUCCCAAGUGUCCCACCUGCACCAGGCUUAUUGCAUCCUUCCAACCUUGGUGCUCCGUCAUCAGCAUGGAUGCCAGCCCAGGCAUCAUCGUACACAUCAGCAUUGCUUCCACAGGCACCAUCUUAUGCAUCGGCAGUACCUAUAAGUUCAUACAUGGGGCAACAAGUAACUAGCGACAUGCCACCUUCCAGGCAUGAAGGAGUAGGGGGCUUUGGCAUCGGUGCAGCUGCUCUUGCCUCUUUAAAUGUGGAUCAGCAGCAAGCUGGAAGAUUCUCAGCUCCUGCUAACCCGGAUCCUUUCUCUCCUGCUGGUGGAAACCCAUUUGGAUGAAACAUGAAAAACAAAGCCUAUCUGACCCCAUUUAGGUCAAGCAUCAUCUAAUUGCUUCCAGUUAAUUGCUGGGUGGAAAGUUUUGGUUUCUAUAUUGUGGUAGUUUUGAGUGAAGAUAUCUACAUCGGCCAAAACAGAAAUAUAUUCUGUUCUUCCAGGUGAAAGUCAAAAUGUCUACAUCGGCCUUGCAAGAUUUGUUUGAUGCUGUAGGAGAGAGAGAGAGAGAGAGAGAGAGGUGCUUCCAUGGAGACUUAGGGUAUAUAGUUUGUGCGGCCAUAGUGUUAAUUGGUAUUUUGUUCCAUUGGGGGACCUAAAAAGCUGUAUCGAUCAAGUCUUUGUGCUGUAUUCUGUUAGUUUGCUAUCUCUUCAACAUCGUGGUGAACUUUUAGCUUCCGUGGAAGUUUUACCAAUCAAUAAAUGCAAUAAAGUUUAGUACA